ACAGUGCUGACCACAAUGCUCUCAGGCCAGUGGUGGCCCAGUAUUUGGGGAAAUCUAGGCCUGAGUCUACAAAGCCCUUCUCAGGGGCCCCAGCUCCGUGCCCUCUAUCCCUUCACUUAUAUUGGAGCAGAUGGCCGGCAGGUGUCUCUGGCUGAAGGUGACAGGUUCCUACUGCUUCGAAAGACCAACUCAGACUGGUGGUUGGCUAGGCGCCUGGGAGCGCCCCCCAGCUCCCGGCCCAUCUUUGUUCCAGCAGCAUACAUGACAGAGGAAUCACUCUCCUGCCCAAGACCAGCGGAUGCUACCCACAGUGCGUCCCUCUGGAGUCCUGAGAGGAAGCUAUUUCAUGGCUCCUUGGAGGAAGUCUACCUGCCUCAGGAACCCUGGGUUACUUCUGAGCAGCCUCCUCCCUGUCCCCACAAUAUGUGCAGAAGUGUCAGCAUGGCCCGUUUGAAGCCCUGCUUCCUGAAGCCCCUUGAGGAAGGACCGGGAGAAAGAUCUCCCUCCCAGGAAGGCUCGGUGACAGAGGCCAGGGCUGUCAUGACACCUGGCUCCAUGGAACAGACAGAGACUCUGAUUAGGGCCAGUGGCACCCUACAACCUCAGGAAUGGCUCGAUCCACAGGGUUUACCAAGCCCCAGCCGAGGCUCCCCAUGGGAAGACCUGUCAGACCAGCGGGCAGCCCUGCCGUCCUGUCUGCCUCUGCCACACGUGGAUGACCCCCACGAGGAAAAGUCAGGCCUGAUCAACAUGACCAAGAUUGCUCAAGGAGGGCGCAAACUCAGGAAGAACUGGGGCCCGGCUUGGGUGGUGUUAACAGGCAACAGCCUUGUGUUCUACCGAGAGCGGCCGCCGCAGUCUGCGCCCUCCCAAGGCUGGGCGCCAGCUGGAAGCCGGCCGGAAAGUAGCGUGGACCUGCGCGGGGCUGCCCUGGCCAACGGGCGCCACCUGUCCAGCCGCCGCAACGUCCUGCACAUCCGGACGGUCCCAGGCCAUGAGUUCCUGCUGCAGUCGGACGAGGAGCCAGAGCUGCGAGCCUGGCACCGCGCGCUACGGGCGGUCAUCGAGCGGCUGGACCGGGAGAACCCCCUGGAGCUGCGCCUGUCGGGCUCGGGACCCGCAGAGCUGGCGGAGCUGAGCGCCGGCGAGGAUGACGAACUGGAGUCAGAGCCGGUGUCCAAGUCACUGAUCCGGCUCAGCAGCCGCCGAGUUUCCAGUCGGAACGCAGAGGGCACCGAGCAGAAGAACCGCGUGCGCAACAAAUUAAAGCGGCUGAUCGCCAAGAGACCAACCUUACAGAGCCUUCAGGAGCGGGGCCUGUUCCGAGACCAGGUGUUUGGUUGCCAGUUGGAGUCGCUGUGCCAAAGGGAAGGGGACACCGUGCCCAGCUUUGUCCGGCUUUGUGUUGAGACUGUGGAUAAAAAAGGACUAGAUGUCGAUGGCAUUUACCGGGUGAGCGGGAACCUGGCAGUGGUCCAGAAACUCCGCUUCCUGGUGGACAGAGAACGGGCAGUAACUUCCGAUGGGAGAUACAUGUUCCCGGAACAGCCUGGACAAGAAGGCAAGUUAGAUUUAGACAGUGCGGAAUGGGAUGAUAUCCAUGUGGUCACCGGGGCCUUGAAGCUUUUUUUCCGGGAACUGCCACAGCCUCUGGUGCCUACACCAUUGCUACCGCAUUUUCGUGAUGCCCUCGAAUUCUCUGAGCCAGACCAGUGUCUCUCUGAAAUAAAAAAAUUAGUGGACUUGUUGCCGAAGCCCAACCGUGACACACUGCAGUACAUUCUGGAGCAUUUAUGCAGAGUGAUCGCACACUCAGAUGAGAACCGGAUGACCGCCCACAACCUGGGAAUCGUGUUUGGACCAACGCUGUUCCGCCCAGAGCAGGAGACCUCUGACAUGACAGCCCACGUGUUCUACCCUGGGCAACUGAUCCAGCUGAUGCUCACCAACUUCGACAGCCUCUUCACCUGACCAGGGCUGGGAGAGCGAGGGGCAAGGACAUCUCCCCUGAUCUGUCAGCCAGUCUUCGGAGGCUUUGACAGCGUCUUCACCUGAAGGACAUCUCCCACCAUCUGCCAGCCGGUCUUUGGAGAGGGAUGGCAGGUCUUCUGCUUUGAAGACAUCCCGUAAGCCCUCUCUCAGAUGAUACUCUCCCACCUGAGCUUUUAGGUAUGGGAGUUUUCUGGACAGGAAGGCGCAUGAGGCCCGUGUCCCAAAGAUGACCCAUAAGGUACUUGUUCCCAGCAUUCCUUUAUUGUCAGGAAACUGUCAUUAUUAUUAAAGUUUUCUCCUGGAA